CGCGCUCGAGGUUGCAUAGUGUGAGCCAGGCAGCUCCCGUACCUGCGACUCCUCGGGGAGCUGCAGCCCACACAGCAGUACCCUUUAGCCCCUUCUCCUGGGGGCAUCGCUAUUGGUAGCUGCACCCCGCUGCUUCCCUCAGCCCAUGGCGCCCUCCCUGUGCCCCUUCCUUCCCGCCCCCAUUUAGCUCCAGGCGCGUCACUUCUUCCUGAAGCUCUGGCUUUUGCCCUGUCAGUAUCCCCCAGCAGGAAUCACACCUGAGCGCCACAGUGCUUGGUCAGUUUGGAUGAGCUAUUGCCAGCAGGAGAGUGAGUUUGUGGGGGGGGUGAGAAAACCUGGAUUUGUGCUGGAAAUGGCCCACCUUGAUCAUCAUGCGCAUUGUAGGGAGAGUGGUCACUUUGGAAUUAAUAAUGCCUCACAUGAUUUAAAGACUUUGGAGUGUGCUUUCUGGUGAUCUGAUGCACAAAGGAAAAAUGGAAGAAGAUGUGAAGUUACAAAGAGAGAAUGAGAAGUUGAAAGUUAAAGCAGAUGCUGCUCCUGAGAUCAGCCGUCUGAUUUCAGUUAGUGAGUUCUCUUGCCACUGCUGUUAUGAUAUUCUGGUGAAUCCCACCACCUUGAACUGUGGUCAUAGUUUCUGUAGACACUGCCUAGCCUUGUGGUGGGUAUCCUCGAAGAAGAAUGAGUGUCCAGAAUGCAGAGAAAAGUGGGAAGGAUUCCCCAAGGUCAACAUCCUCCUCAGGGAUGCUAUUGAAAAGCUCUUUCCUGAUGCUAUUGCACAGCGAAAAGAAGACAUUCAGCAAAACAGUAAUGUAGCUCACAGCCUUGCAGCCUUCCAAAAACAUGGAAAUGAUCAGAUUUCUGCACCUCCAAAUGUGAGAAGAAUUAAUCCUCGAGGAGGAGGUUUCUUCUCUGGAGUUCUGACAGCUUUAACUUGUGUGGCAGUGGUUCUGCUUGGGUAUCAUUGGAGCAGCAGAGAAUAUGAAGAUGAUCUUCUUGUCCACAAACCUGUUGCUAAAUGGACUCCUGAAGAGGUGAUUCUUUGGCUAGAACAGCUGGGUCCUUGGGCUUCCUUGUAUAGAGAUCGAUUUUUAUUAGAGAGAGUGAAUGGAAGGCUUCUACUAACAAUAACAGAUGAAGAUUUCACAAAAACUCCUUAUCAUAUAGAGAACAGUAGCCAUAGAAAAGCCAUUAUAAUGGAAUUGGAACGUGUGAAAACAUUGGGAGUUAAACCACCACAGAACCUUUGGGAAUACAAGGCAGUAAAUCCAGGAAAGUCACUCUUCUUGCUAUAUGCACUAAAGAGCUCUCCAAGACUCAGUAUGUUGUAUCUAUACUUGUUUGAUUACACAGAAAUAUUUCUACCAUUCAUCUACACAAUAUGUCCUGUGCAAGAAGAUGAAUAUGAAGAUAUUAUCACAAAACUAUUAGACCUUAAGGAUCCUACUUGGAAACAGUGGAGAGAAUUCAUUGUUAAGUAUUCAUUUUUGCCAUAUCAGUUAAUAGCUGAAUUUGCUUGGGAUUGGUUGGAGAUACACUACUGGACAUCACGAUUUAUCAUUGUUAAUGCCAUGUUGCUCUCUGUUCUGGAGUUAUUCUCCUUUUGGAGGCUCUGGUCAAGAAGGGAACUGAAGACUAUCCCUCAGAGAAUGUGGAGCCAUUUCUGGAAAGUGUCAACCCAGGGUCUUUUUGUUGCUAUCUUUUGGCCCCUUAUUCCUCAGUUUGUCUGCAACUGUCUGUUUUACUGGGCCUUGUACUUUAACCCAAUUAUAAAUAUUGAUCUUGUGGUAAAAGAAGUACGACGUCUGGAAACACAAGUGCUGUGAUUUGACAUUGAAUCUUUUUCUUAGGAAUUGAAUACCUAAGCUGUCCAAAUGUCUGAAAUCAGACAUCUGAAAGAAAAACAAAUUGCUUUCUUUGCUUGCUUCCUUUGUGGUGAUUGAAAAAAUGCUCAUUUUGUUAAUUUAAAAAAAAAUUGCCUUGAGGUAAGUCCAUUUUGAAGCAGUAGGUAUCAUAACCCUCACGGUAGGCUUUGUUUUAUGUACCAUUGCCAUAGAUGAGGAGGAUAUUGUAUUCUUGAAUGGGCCUUUUAAAGUUGCUGUAGUCAUGCCAUUUGAUUUUUGGCUAACUAUAAAAAUCAGACUAUAAUACCACUCUUGUGAAAUCUGGCUGAUGCCAAGUUGUUAGGGCCUUUACACUCAAUAUCUUCUAAAUAGUAAAAACUGACUGGUGUGCUAUUUGUAACUUAACAUUUCCUGACAGUUACAUGUUGUUCAAAACUUGCCAGAAGGGCACUUUUGGACAAUCGCUUUAAUUGGUUUAAUAUUGAAAAUACUUGAGGCUUUUUGACUCCUCUUUACAUGCUAGGAUGCUACAGACAAACCCAUAUAUUUAUAAACAUUUGCUAAUAGUGCUCAUUUUAAAAUUCCCUCUAUUCCAACUGUAUAACACUUAGUUUUCUUUGUAUCACACACCUUUUAUAAUUGGCAAACAUGAUUGGCAUGACUUAAGCUGUUUUAUUCAGGCCAGUUAAUUUUUAUCAGUCAGAGCUGACUUAGUGCUUCCUCUCCUAAAGCAAUUUUUAUUUGCUAAUUUCUUAAAUGAAUUCAGAUACCUCUCACAGUAUUAAUCUGGUAAAGUGGCCAUGAUACUGUAAUAGCUUAUUGUAGUCUUAUGUAUGUAGCAAGACCUGUAUCUGUAAAUACCAAAUGAGAAGUGAUUUAUUUUGUAUAAAAGCCCGACCAGGUUGCCAUUUUGUUUUUGUGGUGUUUGAGAGAAACAAAAGUUAACUUUUGUUCUUAAAAUACUUUGUACUAAUGAAUCUCAUCUUGUUGAGUUUGCAUUUGUAUCAUACUAUUAAUGAAUUCCAGAUUUGCAUAUGAAUACUUUUAAAAGUUGGACAAAAUUAAAGAUUUUUUUUCUAAA